CGUGUCUUGCGAGGGACAAAUCCCAAUUGCCGCUGCGUCCUUCGCCUCGCCUCGCACCCAAAACCCUAGCGCCGCCCGCUCGUCGGAGGUGAAGAGGCGGCGGCGGCGGCGGCAGCGUCGACAAUGGUGUGGUUCCAGUGCGAGGACUGCGGGGACGACCUCAAGAAGCCCAAGCUCGCCGGCCACUUCCGCUCCUGCUCCGCCUACAGGCUCUCCUGCAUCGACUGCGGCGAGUUCUUCACCCAGGAGACCGUCCAGGGCCACACCCAGUGCAUCUCCGAGGCUGAGAAGUAUGGUCCCAAGGGACAGAACAAAGCAUCCAACAAUGCACAGGGCAAGCAAGACAAGCCAAAGCCAAAUGCUGAUGUUGAUAUCAAUGUCGGGCUGUCGACAUAUCCCCCUUGGUUCUGCAGCCUUUGCAAGACGACAACCACUAGCAAGCAAACACUCUUAUCACAUGCAGAUGGCAAGAAGCACAGGGCAAAAGCAAAAGCCUAUCAUGCUUCUCAGAAGCAAGCAAAUGGAGUUGAACAAACUCCCAAGGAAACUGUUGGUGCACCUGUGACAGAAUCAGCACAAGUAAACAAUGAGAGGAGUACUGAAAAUGAAAGAGGUGUGGACAACGAUGCAGCAAAGAGAAAGAGAGCAAAUGAUACGACCUCAGAAGAGCCAGAUAACACGAAAAGACAGAACAACUUGAGCGUGAACAGUGGAGAAGUGGUACAAUCUUCAAAUGAAGAGGCAGAAACCAAAGCAAAGAGCAAGGGUACUAAAGAUGAAUUAGUUAGUAGUGCCAACCUUAAAGGCAGUAAAAAGCAGAAAAUCAAGUGGAAGAAAAUUAUUACCAAAGUACUUCAGACGAAUCCAGAUGGAGUUCUGAAGUUAAAGAAGCUACAAAAGCUAGUAACUAAGGAACUUCUGGAAUGUGGUCUGACAGAAGAUAAGGAGCAGAUGCACGCUAUCUUGAUGGAUAAGAUUUCUUCAAGCUCCAGGUUUUCUGUUGAUGGCAAGCGCAUUAGAUUGGUUGCAAAGGAUUGAGAGUAAUGGAUCAUGCCCCCUGACAGCUGAUUCCUUGUCGACAGAUCAAUGAUGGUCUUACAGUUUGUUAUGGCGUAAAGCCGAGUUUUGGUUCUAUUAUUUAUACACUGUACUGCCUGGAUCAUCCAUACGAUCCGUGGAACUGAUGUGAAUUUUGCAUUUGAUUGUUUUGGGAGCAACAGCCGAUCUGAUCGCAAACUGAUCUUGGCAACACGGCUUGCUAUCAAUGACAUCAAUAUUUCAUGGCCUUGUUUUGUGUAUUUUAAAUUAAAUAAGCUGAUACAUCUUUCA